AUGGCUUUUGUGGUAGGUCAAGGGGCCAAGAACCUGGUGUUCUCUUCUGCUGCCAAGAAAUGGAAGGAUUUCAAGUCUACACUAACCAAGCAUUAUAUCCUUCCAUACAUCAAGGAGAGGGAGAAAUUAAGCCAACCCCCUGAAUUAUAUAAAUUCAUAGAGAAAGCAGAAUGGGAUGCCUUUGUGGCUUCAAGGUUAUCCCAAGAAUUUGUGUCUGUUCAUUCUCAACAUUCAAAGAUUAGGGAGAAACUUGAGUACAAUCAUCGAUUGUCUCGAAAAGGAUAUGCUGGUUUGGAGGAUCAAUUGGAGGAAACAAUGCCUAGGGUAGAAAUUGAUCGAUCUACCUUAUGGAAGAAAGCUAGACAAGACAAAGAUGGUAACAUCCCUGAUCCAAAGGUGGCAGAGAAAGCAAAAUUAAUUGAUGAAUUGCAAAAACAAGUGGCUGAAGGCAGUCUCAGUGUAUCUGGCAGUAAUGAUGUGUUGACCUUGGCUUUGGGUCCCGAGCAUCCGGGGAGAGUAAGAGGGGUAGGUGUUGGGAUUUCCCCUAGGAAAUACUUCAAUUUACCUAGACAACAGAGGGUAAAGUUUGCCGAUCAAUUGAAGGAAAGUGUAAGAAUUGUCCUUCAAGAAGAGACUAAGAAGAUGGAAGCUAGAUCAAGGGAAGAGACUUUAAGGAUGGAGGCUAGAACCAAGCAAUUGGUAGAGGCUAAGAGGGAACAUUUACUGAGUCAGCUUUCCCAACUCAUCCCCAAUUUUGAUCCAAGCAUGCUUAAACCGAAAACUAGCCCUUGUCAAAACCAAGGUCUAGAGCAAAGUCCCAAAAAUCCAAUGUCUGACAAAGCAAGCUGCUCUGGGGAUAUGAGAUCCCUACAUUUUGAGGAUGAUACUGCCAAAAAUGGGGAAAAGCAGGAAGAAAUGAAAUCUGGGGAUUUAGAAAAUCAAGAUGAAGAGAAGAAAGAAGAAAAAAAAGUUGAAGAGAAUAAAGAAGAAAAAAAAGAUGAAGAAAAUAAAGAAGAAAAAGAAGAUGAAGAGAAGAAAGAAAAAAAAGAAGAUGAAGAAAAGCAUGAUGAAAAGGGUAUUGAAGUAGUUGAUUAUUCAAAGGUGGAGGUGCCAUCUUCCUUACAAUCCCUUUGUCGUUAUGUGGAAACCACACUAAAGCCUCAGGAGAAGAUCAUGAUCUUUACAAUUGGGGAGAAGGUGUUUGGUGCAGAUCGCAGUACCUUCGUCUUGCCUGAAGAUAUUACACAGUUAGCAAGCGUGGAAGAAAUUGGGGCUACUGUGCUUGUAGUAUAUAUGAGGUGCUUAUAUGAUCAUUUGAAAGUAGCAAAUAUGCUCAACAUGGUUGGCUUUAUCGACCCUGCUCAAGUUAAUGCCAACGCUUGGUCACUAAUUGACAGAUCACGAAUUGUAGCCAGUCGACUUCAGAAGACAGAUGGUGAACAGAUUUUCAUGAUGCCUUACAAUCCAAGCCGUCAUUGGGUCUUGCUGAUUGUGAGAGCAAAGAAGGAAACCAUCUAUUUUCUGGAUCCUCUGCCUGGAAAUCGUGUGGUUAAUGAGGAGGCCAAAAACAUGGUGAACAGUGCUAUAAAAAUUUAUAAUUCCCACAUAGGCAGACAAGGCCGUAAAGCACCCAUUUGGAAAACUCUGCCAGGCACACCAAAGCAACCCAGCAGUAUCGAAUGCGGGUAUUAUGUCAUGCGCUUCAUGAGAGACAUCAUCAUGGAUCCUUCCCUGGAGUUUGAGAAGACGUUUGCCAAGGGAAAAGAGCAAGCGCCAUACCCCCAAGCAGCCAUUGAUGAAGUCAGGAAUGAAUGGGCAGAGUUUGUUUGCCUUCAUGUGGACUAG